AUGUAUAAAAAAGAUAUAAUUAGAUAUGGACAAGUAUUAAAUGAUUAAAAACAGGAAGAAUGGUAAUUGUUUAAAUAGUUAACAAAUCAUAAAUAAUCAAUAAAUAAAAAGGAAAAAAUAAAAUAAAAACAAGAAAUACAGGAAACAAAAUUUGAUUAUUUUUUAUUAAUUGAAAUGCAAAUAAGUAAAAUUUUUAACUAAAUCUAAUUAAAUAGCUGCUAAAAAGCUGUAAAUAACAAUUAAUAAGUUUUUACUAUUUAAUUGUUUCUUGAUGUUGCUGAGAGCUUUGCACAACAAAAAAAUUAACAGAUUGCUUAAGAUAUACAUUUUUUGACUGAAUGCGACUCUAUUAAUACAUACUAGAGCGAAGAGCAUCUCUACAGAUAGAUAUUGGAAGUAAGUAAUUCAAACAAACAGACAUUUUAGAUGAUUUUCAAUUCUAAAAAUUCUAAUCUAAUGAAAAAUAUUUUGAAGUCGUUCUAGAGAUUUGUUGAAAAUGAAUAGGACUUAAAAGUUUAAUAAGAAUUUUGCAAGCUAGCAAAAGUCACUUAUGGCUAUCCUCAGCUAUGCAAAUUUAUUAAAUUCAGUCUAAAAAAUUAAGGAAAAAGAUGGAAUAUGAAGGCUAAAAAUUUGGUUGAGAAAUCAAAUUUAAAACCCUUGUUUUAAUACUAUUUAACUAAUAUUAACUAAUUAUGGCUAAAUAACAGUAAAGUUAUAAAUAAGAAAUAACAUGAAGAAUUAAGUUAAUUUCUACUAAAAUAUAUUGAGAAUCCAAAAUAAUGUUAAGAAAUAAGAUUUUACCAGAAAAAGAAAUCAAUUAUUAAAAAAAUAUAUUGA